AAGCGUGAGAAACUUCUCCUCGCUCUCUUUCUCUCUCUAAACUCGAAAAUAUUAUACACAAUCAAAAGAACCGCUGUCUCCACCUCUCGCCAAAAACACAAGCAUUUUGGUUUUCCCACGUUCAGCACGGCGCCCUCACUGGACAGGGAGAGAACAAAUUACCCAACUAUACAUGCAUCCAAUGGGUCUUAAACCUGCUUUUACCCUUCACCCUACUCUUAUGGGGGAAGUGAAUACCAUACAUUUAGGGUCCUCGUGUGGGUUAUUCUUACUGGUGGUGGACAUAAUUAUCACAAUGCCUCUAUUGAAAAGAAAGCCUUUUUCCUUGGCCGAGCCACCUAAGGAUUUGGAGCCUCAUGAGCUUGUUUACCAAGUUCGUUUCACGAAAGAGAUAUUUCGGGAUUAUCUGGAAUAUUUGAACCGUAUAAAUCUGUAUCGCCGGAGAGUUUGGGCUUGCAAAGUCACUGGGAAAGCUAGUUUGACUUAUGAGGAGGCUUUGGUGUCAGAAAAGCGGGCAGCAGAGAAGGUUCAGCAGUUUCCCAAAGAGCUUAUGGCACCUGCACUACAUGUCAUCCAAUACAGUAUGCUUUCACUGAAAGAUCUUGCUGAUACAAUAGCUGAAAAGUUGCAGAAACGCUUGUUUGUAGGCGCUGAAUUGUAUGGAAGGAAGGAAAAUGGUGUAUUUCCAUGCAAAAUAUCAAAAAUUCUCGAGGAAGCUCCUGACAAAAUCCAAUAUGAAGUGGCGUGGCUUGAUAAAAAUAAGAAAGAAACGGAAAAGUCAUUACUAAAUAGAGAAGAUUUAAUACACAAGAAGGUUCCCUUUAGUCGAAAUGUUUUGAAGUCUUUUAUUCGGGAAUCGACAUACCGAAGUGCUCCUUGGGUCCUUAAUGAUAAACUGGCACGAAAUCACGGAAUUUCAACUGAUGUUCCAGAGGAGUUAAAGAGGAAAGUCUUCAAGGAUGGACUAGUAGUCUGCAAUAAAAAGCGAAGGAAAAAUGAGGAAGAUAGAAAAAAUGACAUGGAAGUAAAAGAAGAAUCUGGAAAAAUUAAAAGGAAGAAAAUAAAGGAAGAUGAUCAACCAAUGGAAGAACCUACCAAAUAUCCAAUUGAUGACCUGUUGGUGCAGCCUGGUCCAGAUGAUCCUGUUUUCACCAACCGCCCUUCUCCGUCAAGGGACUUCAAUAUUCCAAUGGAUUGUCUUGGGGAGCUUAUAAUGGUUUGGGAUUUUUGUUCAUCAUUUGGUAGGCUGUUGCACUUGUGGCCAUUCUCUCUUGAAGAUUUUGAAAAUGCUAUCUGCCACAAGGAUAGCAGUCUGAUUCUCCUUGUGGAAUCUCAUUCAGCUCUUCUCCGAUUGCUCAUAAAAGACAAUGGUGAAUAUUCAUCGUCUGUACAGAAAAGAAAUCGAAAAUUAAAGAUUACACUGAUCAAAUGGAUGGAGUAUUUGUGUGAUUUUCUGGAAAUGAUCAAAGUUCCUGAAUUAUGCACUUAUACAGCAACUAUUAAGCGGGGACAUUAUGGCCUUCUAGAUGCUCAUGCUAAAUUGGGAAUCUUAAGAGAAUUGGUUAACCAAGCACUUCAAACAGAUAUUUUUAGGGAGAAAUUGGAUGCGUUUAUUGAACAGCGGCAGGAACUUGGGGCCACAAGAAGGGGGGAGGCAUUAGAAGAAGGUAGAAAGAAAAGGGAGGACAAGGAACAGUUGAAGGUUGAGUCUGAUGCCAAUGGGGUAAUGGAUCAAAAAAGGGAGGACAAGGAACAGUUGAAGGUUGAGUCUGAUGCCAAUGGGGUAAUGGAUCAAAAAAAUUUGGAGAGAAUAGAAAGUGUAGCAGCUAAUGAUGACCACAGUAAACAAAACGGUCACAUAGAAAAGAAAAGAAAUGGGAAGGUCCUUUCAUCUCUGCAGAACAAUGCAUCAGAGAAUUGCAAGAGCAAGUUUCCAGAUACCACAUGGAAGAAAAAGACCAAGAAGCAGAAGCAGAAUUUAGAUGUGGAGGUCCCAGCAGAUAAUGGCAAAGAUUCAUCUAGGAAGGACGGGUUGAAACAAUUGAAGGAUGAUAAAAAGGAUGCAACUGAGAAAAAGAGUAAAGAACAGAGGAGAGAAUAUUAUGAGCGGGAGCUGGAGAAACGAGUGAUACACACCAACCCCUUGGGCAGAGACAGAUUCUAUAACAGGUAUUGGUGGUUUCGUCGUGAUGGGAGGAUAUUUGUUGAGAGUUCUGACUCCAAGGAGUGGGGAUACUACAGUAGCAAGGAAGAGCUUGAUGCAUUGAUGGGUUCACUGAACGUCAAGGGUGAGAGAGAGAGGGCACUUAAAAAACAGCUGGAAAAAUUCUAUAGCAGAAUAUGCACUGAACUCCAAAAGAGAUCAAAGGACUUGUCUCACAAGAUUGCACUGGAGGAGGCUGUGCUUCGAAGAUCUACUCGCGUACGGGCGCCACCUAGGGAAAAUCCUGCAAAUGCUUUCCUUAGGUAUGUCAACAAGUGGAAGGAAGACUAACUGGGCUUUGAGUUUGGUCUUGGAAAUCAUAGUUGCAUUUAAUUUAGGAUAAUCAUUACUACUCAGUGUAGGAUGAAUGAGGAUAGAAAUUUUUCUAUGACUCAGAGGUACUUGCCCAUUAUUUUCUUUGGCGGGAAUUUGUUAGCAGGGGGGGGCCAGUGAUGGAGUAGUGGCGUAGGGACAUGGAAAGGAAAGGGGGAUGGUGAAGUUUUUCUUAACCCAUUCCUCUGAUGGACAAGCAUGUAAUUAUAUGCUUGACCCGUAAAUUUUGUAAAUGUCCUCUUUGGCUUUUGUUAUAUGAUGGCGAAUGAUUACGACAUUUCUUAAGGAUGUUGUUUUAACAAACACU